CAGCUACACAAAACAUGUCUCUCCAAAAAGUAUCUGACGGUUUCGACAGAUUUCUGUACCGUCUCUCGCAUUCGAAAUUUAUUCGCGAUCCCCGAGUCUUGCACUAUGUUUGCACAGCAUGCGGCACCUUGAGCGGCUUGACAUUUUUCGCCGGGUUCCUGGCCGCCUCCUUCCUCCCUCCACUACCACCAUACUGGUCCGCUGAGCGCACACAAGAACAUUAUAUGCAUCAUUGGAAUGGAAUCCACGCAGCAAGCGCUUUAUUCAUGUUCUCUGGAAUGUUCUUCAUCCCUUACGUGGGCGAAAUCUCACACCAGAUGAGGCGUAUCCCCAAUAUCCCAUGGAUACUACCAAUGAUUCAACUCGGAGCAGGAGCAUACUCGGUCAUUGGAUUUCAGCUUCCUGGCAUGGCGUUAGCAGCCGCAGCGCUGCGGAAGGACCGGAACCCCGAGAUCUUGCAAUUCGCCAAUGAUCAGUUCUGGCUGUUUGCAAUCAUGCCUUUCCAGUCAUUCUGGCCUUGGAGUUGGUCUUGGGCUUACGCCAUUCUCUUGGAUGAUCGAGAGAAGCCUUUGUAUCCCAAGUACAUGGCCUUGUUCAACUUCUUUGCGCCGCUGAGUUUCUUGUUUGGAGUCGCGAUUCACGUGACUACAACGGGGCCUUUUGCAUGGAACGGUGGCCUAGCAUUCUGGAUUCCUCUAGUGCUCUUCGGCCUGCAAUACUCUGGAGACACCUUUUACUUGUUUCGAGCGAUCUACAACAACUACUUCGAAACUGCCGACGAAGAACAAGCGCUCCCAAGCGACCACAACGGUCCUGCAAAAAUUGAGUAACUCAAGACUGGUGUGUAAGAAUGUUGGUAACUGGACCUUGGCACGAGUGAAAAGUUUUCAUGGUACAGCGACAGGCAACGGAUGGGAUCAACGAUGGAUUGUGCAGCUGGUGUUUUGACCUCAUUCCAGGUGUUCCCUUACUGGGUUGUGCACGGUCACCAUAUAUGCAUGGAGAUGACCCUUGAAAGUUAGUUGAAUGUCUUAUUUUUUUUCCAUGUAGCACAGGCCUUAUGCAAUCAAGGAUGGC